CAGCUGCGAGUGCGCUGUUUAGUGAAGCUGACCGGAAAUACGUCUAUUUGUUCACAUUAAACUGAGCUUUGUUUUUCUGAAAAUUAUUACUAUUGCAAACUCUCAAACGUGGCUGAACUUCGAGAAACAUGGAACAAGUCGGGAACAAGUAUUUGUGCCAGGAUUAUUUCAGCCUUGCAUUCCUCGCUAAACAUGCAAUUUGAGGAUGGUAUAUUCAUCAAAGAUUACAUCAGGAUGAUGGCGUAUAUGAUCGUGUUGUGUUUCACACUGGCCAUUUCAUUAUCAUUUUGGGUCCUUUCCAUAACUGCCAGCACUUACUAUGGUACUCUGCAGCCUGUAUCACCAUGGCGGUGGCUGUUCUCUGUGCUUGUCCCUCUUUUCAUCACAUUUCGAGCCUUUAAACGCAAGAAUCUUGAUCAUGGUGGUGCCAUAGGAGCGAUGCUGGUUGGAUUUGUUCUCACUAUGGCCAACAUGAGCUUUUUUGGAGCUUUGUUGACCUUUUUUGUCACAUCCAGCAAACUAACCAAAUGGAAGGGAGACAUAAAAAAACAAAUUGACUCCGAUUAUAAAGAAGGAGGCCAGAGGAAUUGGUUGCAAGUUUUCUGUAAUGGUGGAGUCCCUACUGAAUUGGCCCUGCUCUAUAUGAUUGAAGUCGGUCCUGGAGAAAUACCUGUGGAUUUUGGAAAGCAGUAUUCCGCUUCAUGGAUGUGCUUAUCACUCUUAGGAGCCUUGGCUUGCAGCACAGGGGACACCUGGGCUUCUGAAGUUGGUCCUGUGCUUAGUAAGAGAAAGCCCAGGCUCAUCACCACCUGGAAAUAUGUCCCAACAGGGACCAAUGGCGGAGUCACUGCUGUUGGGUUAGUGGCCAGUGUUUUGGGUGGAGGCACAGUGGGAAUAGCCUACUACUUCAUGCAGCUCCUGUUGGUAAAAGAUCUGCAUUUAGCAGUUCCUCAGUGGCCUAUCAUCGUGUAUGGAGCAAUAGCUGGGCUGUUUGGAUCUCUGCUAGAUUCAUUCCUCGGUGCAACCAUGCAGUAUUCAGGAUACGACGAAUCCACUGGGAAGGUUGUGAGUUAUGAGUCCCCGAGCGUUAAAAGAAUAUGUGGGAAACCCAUCCUGGACAAUAACGGAGUGAAUCUGUUUUCUUGUGUACUCAUAGCACUGUUUCUGCCUGGGUUUGCUUGGAUAUUCUGGGCUAGGCACUGAAUCAUGUGAUUUUAAUUGUCUAUCAUGUCCCUUUUAGGGUAAAGAGCAGUUUAUGAUCAAAACAAUGCCAUAACCAUAACACGUUUUUUUUUUUUUUUAAUCAAGCACAACUCUUAAUGUCUUUAUUUCUACACAUUGUGUCAAGGCUUGCAAAAUUAGUUUAAAUUUGAAAUGUGUAAUGUUAAAAUACUUCACAUGUGAGAACAGAUCAAUUAUAUUCAAGCAGUGACUCAAGUAUUUCAUCUUCUGUUCCUCUAUGAAUUUGGAAAGCCUUGUGAUGGCAAACAGGCCAAUAUUAAAGCAUUACAACAUGGUACACAGAGCUCAAAAUACUGUAAAAAAAAACUGUACUACUAGAGUAAAGAAUAGUUUCUAGGCCACAUGUCCGAUGUCUUCAUUACAUGCCCACUAGGCAAUUUUUUGUUUCUUACAUAAACAUUUUGAGAAUAGCGUUUUCUGAUUCUAACUAAAUGUCUCUGUGUAAGUGUCUGUGCCAUUUAUUACAGGUAUAGGUGUGGGGUUUUUGUGUAUGAACACAUUCAAGUAUUCCAUUGGAACGUUUAUGUACUCUGUGGAAUAAAGUACCCUUACACACAAAGCA